CCCCUCAUUUCUUAAUGAAGGUUCCAGGCCUUAGCAAAGACAAUGGAAAUAAAAAGAUUUUUUUCUUCAUACAUUGGUGUCCCAUACAAAACUGGAAUUCUGUUAAUAUGGAAGAUAGAGAAAUGGAUAUUGGAUAGGCAACUAACACUAUGUUCCAUAUUUACUUUUGCUUAUUAGGACCCUAAAUCGCAGUGAGAUAUGCCCCGUAGAUCUGAGAAACCCUGUUGUUAUGCACACUAAAAUAUGAGUUCCAGAGAUAACAAGCAAUUUGGCCAACUCACACAUAGUCUAGACUCCAAAUCUCUCCUACCGAACUGCCUAGGAAACCUGGAAUAGAGAGGCAAAGACCCGUCAGGUACCCUGCAGAUUUCAAAAGCCGGAUUUCACUAAAUUCAGAGAAUGACCCAAGACGGAAAGGAAAGCCCAAAGUAGGAACCACUUAGCGCUGCUCACGAUUCUACCCGGAUUCAUUUUUUUCAGUUGACAGGAAGUGAAGGACUAUAACCCCACUUGCCGGAAGUGCCUUUUCGGGAGUGCUUGGCUGUUCUUGCAGCUCAGGUUUUCAUCUCUCCGCGCGACACUGGCAACAACAUGCUUCUGAUUCAGCGUGCCCACUUAGCUAUAAAAAUACAUUAAUCAGAACUGCCUGGCAUCUUCCUGAGCAAGACUUCAUUAGGUCCCAGUAUGCUUCACUUCAUCCGGAAGUUUUCUCAAGCAUCUUCAAAGAUGCCGAAGUACCCUUUCACAGUUGGACUAGGAGCCAGCAGGAGAAUAGAAACACUUUCUCUCAAGGCAUGUCUCCAGCAGAACUUUUCACCUUUGUUUCUAAGGCCUAGGCCUUCCUCAUCAUUUCCAGUGUGUAUGAGCAAGACACAAUACUAUCAUACUUCCCCAUGCAACUUUAAGAAGAAGCAGAAGGAAGAAGUGCUUCCAGCCAGGCCACCGAAAACGAUCACAUACCUGCCUGACAGCCCAAAGCCAGCAUUAUACAUAUCUCUGGCGGGACUAAUCCCUUUCCUUGCUCCACCACUGAUCAUGGUGAUGGUAAAGACUUAUAUCCCCGUAUUAGCUUUUACUCAGAUGGCUUAUGGAGCCAGUUUCCUAUCUUUCUUGGGAGGGAUCAGAUGGGGUUUUGUUCUGCCAGAAGGUAGUCCAGCCAAACCAGACUACCUAAAUUUAGCUAGUAGUACAGCUCCUGUCCUGUUUUCAUGGUUUGCCUUCCUUGUUUCUGAAAGGCUCAGUGAAGCUAUACUCACAGUAAUAAUAGGUUUGGGGAUAGCAUUACAUAAUGAACUUUUUCUUUUGCCAGAUUAUCCCAAUUGGUUCAAAGCCCUGAGGAUAGUAGUCACUUUAGUGGCCUUUUUAUCGUUUGUAAUCACUUUACUACUUAAAAAUAUUUAUCCAGAGAAAGGACCCCAGAAACCUGGUCAAGGAGAAUAAAUAUAAAACUACUCAAUAAAUGAUGUUAGCACGUUGGCUACA